AUGGGUAAAUUAGAUGUGGCUAUAUUACGUUACCUCACAGCUGAGGAUUUUCGUGUAUUGACUGCGGUGGAAAUGGGCAUGAAAAAUCAUGAAUUAGUCCCUGGAUCACUGGUAGCAUCUAUAGCGAAUUUACGUCAUGGCGGAGUUCAUAAAUUGAUGAAAGAGUUGUGUAAACAUAGGCUACUGACGUAUGAGCGUGGCAAACAUUAUGAUGGCUACCGUUUAACAAAUGCAGGUUAUGAUUACUUAGCCCUUAAAGCUUUAACCAACCGGAAAGUUAUUGCAUCAUUUGGUAACCAGAUUGGAGUUGGCAAGGAGUCAAAUAUUUAUACUGUGGCUGAUGAAGAUAGAAAUCCAUUAUGCUUAAAAUUACACAGAUUGGGUCGAACCUGUUUCCGGAACGUCAAGGACAAACGUGACUACCACGCUCACAGGAACCGUGCCUCAUGGCUGUAUCUAUCCAGGAUAUCCGCCACAAAGGAGUUUGCAUACAUGAAAGCAUUGCACGACAGAGGGUUUCCUGUGCCACGACCCAUUGAUUUUAACAGGCACUGUGUUGUUAUGGAACUUGUACAGGGGGGGCCUUUGACACACGUCACCUCAGUUGCAGACCCUGAGGCAUUGUACGACGAACUGAUGAACCUCAUAGUGCGCUUGGGUAACUGCGGAGUGAUCCACGGUGACUUCAAUGAAUUCAACAUAAUGCUUGACGAUGAGGGCCGUCCGAUUAUCAUCGACUUCCCGCAAAUGGUGUCAACAAAUCAUACUAACGCUGAACUGUACUUCGAUCGUGACGUAAAAUGCGUUCGCGAGUUCUUCAAGAAACGCUUCGCAUAUGAAAGCGAUCUGUAUCCAAAGUUUGAGGACUUGGAGCGGGACGACGAGAUGGACACCGAGAUCGCUUGCUCCGGUUACAAGAGAACCAAGAUGGUUGACGAUGAAUUGUUGCAGGAAAUGGGCAUCGGUCUUGAAGUCAGUGAUGACGAAGAAAGUCAGGGCGAUUUCGAUGAGGGAACGGAGGAAGAUAAAAAAAGUACUAAUUAUAAUGAAGAAGAUUUGGCCGCGCUCAGGAAACAGGUAGAGGAAUCAAUUCUUAAUGAUGAGAAAAAACUAGAAAUAGAAAAAUUAAAUGCAGCAACUAUUGCUUUAGCAAUAGAAAAGAAAAACAAAGAUGAUGCUGAAGAUAUACCUACGUUAGAACCCAAGGAUGACAUAAGAGAUGAGAAGCUGACAGGUUUGGAUAAAAACUCACAAAAAUACAGAUUAGCCAUGAUAGAGAAGGCGUUAUCCGACGUAAGGUCUAUGAGAACUUACACAUCGGCGAGCACUAUAGCGCCAGAGGUAGUUAAGCAGCAAGUGAAGAAGAAUUUAGAAGACAGGCAGAAGAAAAUGGAGAGGAAGAAGGCGAUCGCGAAGGGUGAGGCCAGCGCCGUCACGAGGCAGAGAAGAGAUAACAGAGAAACUAUUAGAGAGAGUCACGGAUUGUGGGGAUGGGCUGAAUAA